CUUCAAUCGGGGGCGUUUAGUCAGAGUCAGCCGGUUUGGGGGGGGCGGAGCUUCCAGGUCGUCAGCUGCAGCAAAGCAACACAAUAAACUUUUUGGAUCCGUCUGAAAGUACUGCAUCUACCCUACAAUACUUCAGCGAGAAGUACUGCAGCAGACAGGUACAGAUGAUGUCAUCAGUGAAGGUGCAGUGUGCGGUGAAGGCGAGCGCUCUGAUUGGUGAAGGGCCGGUGUGGGAGGAGCUAGAACAGACGCUGCUGUUUGUUGACAUCGCUGGACAGAAAAUCCACCGCUGGAGCCCAGCGACCAAUCAGAUCCAGUCUGUGGAGACAGGUGACACAGUGGGCUUCGUGGUUCCUCGCAGGGCAGGUGGUUAUGUUGCAGGCGUGGGUCGCAGCAUUGUGGCCGUUGAUUGGUCGACUCAGACAAUGACAUCAUUGGUGGAGGUUGAUGGUGACAAACCGAACAACCGACUGAAUGACGGGAAGGUCGAUCCGAUAGGACGCCUGCUGGCAGGUACAAUGGGGAAGGAGGUCCGACCUGCGGAGGUUCAGAGACAACAAGGAUCCCUGUUCUCUGUGACCUCUGACCUGACUGUGACCAGACACCUGGACCAGGUGGACAUAUCUAACGGGUUGGACUGGUCUCUUGAUCACCGGACAUUUUUCUACAUCGACAGUUUGUCUCUGACCGUUGACGCCUUCGACUACAACUCACACACGGGACACCUCGGUAACCGCCGUGUAGUGUACCGUAUGGAGGAGGGGGAGGGGCUUCCAGACGGGAUGACGGUUGACGGUGAAGGUCGUCUCUGGGUGGCCUGUUACAAUGGAGGACGCGUCAUCAACAUCGACCCUGCGACGGGUGUUCGGCUGCAGACGGUCUCUCUGCCGGUGAUGAAGACCACCUCAUGUUGUUUCGGAGGUCCGGACUACUCUGACCUCUAUGUGACCUCAGCCAGUCUGGGCCUUGACCAAUCAGAGAGGAGACAGCAGCCGCUGGCCGGAGACACUUUCAGGGUGACAGGACUCGGGGUCAAAGGUCGUCCUUCAAACUCAUUCUCUGGAUGAAUUUCAGGAGACUUGAACAGCCAAUCACAGCACAGAUCAACUGCAGGAAGUGAUCACCUGUUGGAUUAAUCCUGUCAGAGAGCUGUUAAUGAUCAAUAGUUAUUAAGUGGAUCAAUAAAAUGUCAUCGUGACUUCAUGCUAAAUAUUUGUUACUAAAUAAAUGAACAGACUGACAACCAAUCAGAAACAAGGAAACUGGCAGAUUUUCAACAGCCAAUCAGAAUCAGUCAUUGUUUUGUAACUUUGAAUAAAACUUGGGACCAGCGGCUGAGGA